CUGUGAUUGGCCCACUCUCUCUGCGGUGUGAUUGGCCGGUGUGGGUUGCCCCUCAUUGGGCGGGGCAGAUGCAAUGGCGGCGAGGAAGCUUCUGGAGCGCCUGCUGCUGCUGGUGAUGGCGGCGGCGGCGGCACUGGGAGCGGGCAGCGAGUCUCCGAGCACCGGCGCCCCCGAUGGCCUGCUCCAGUCCCGGGGCACCAGCAUGCCCGCCGCCGGCGGCCUGGACAGCACCCGCGCCCAGCCCGAAGUCGCGCCAACCACGAUGCCACCCUACCUGGCGAGAUGCCCGAGCGCCGGGCCGUGCAACAGGCUGCCGCCCGACUGUGUCGACUGCUCGCUGCAUUCUAAUUGUGUCUACGGAAAGGAGGUUUCGUUCAACUGCUCAGUCAAGCCAGGCGUACAAUGCACGGAUGAGAAUAAGAUAGAUCAAAAAACAUUUUGGAUAUCAAUGGUCUGUCAGUUCUGUUGGCAGUUACCCCCCACUCUGUACCAGUGCAAGGAAAGUACGAAAUGCAAGACGGUGCGUUGCCCACGUGAAUACUUUAUCUCCAACUGCACAACUCUGGAACAUGUGCAUUGUCUUGGUAAUCGCACAUUUCAGAAGAAGAUGUAUUGCAAUUGGACAGGGGGUUACAAAUGGUCAACUGCUUUGGCUCUGAGCAUCACUUUGGGAGGGUUUGGAGCUGACCGAUUCUAUUUGGGCCAAUGGAAGGAGGGUCUUGGUAAACUCUUUAGCUUUGGCGGCCUUGGAAUAUGGACCUUGAUAGACGUGCUGCUAAUUGGGAUUGGCUAUGUUGGGCCUGCUGACGGCUCGUUGUACAUCUGAGCUGCACAAGGACCUGUCCUGUGAUACCACUUGGAGUUACGGAGCACAAGUUCAAAUAUUUUGGAGAAUGCUCCAUCUGUACAGAAAUCACUUUCUUUGCCACUGUCAAGCUGAGGGCUUGUGCCAGGUUGGGUUGUCUUGCACCAUUGCUUCCUGGUCAACCUUGGUGAUGGUGAUUAUUGAGACUAUCAAUGAAGGCAUCCUUGGGACCUUACAGUGACUUUUUUUAAAUUCUCUGUGAUUCUUCUUUUAAUGGAGUUAUUUCACAUGCAACAUUUGGACAUAUUUGCUGAUAGAUCAGAGACCUAUGCCUGCAAUUCUGACCAUUUUGAUAGGAUGAGUUGUGGAUGGCAUGAGAGAUGAAAAAGAGUUUUAAGAUAUUAACAUCAAGCAAGUUUGAACAUUGCCUUCUCAAUGGGGAACAAAGGAAGAUGGGAAACAUAAGCAAAUAGUUUUGGACUGCUGACUACAGACAAGUGCAUAAGUAAGGCCAUGAAUCACCCGUUUGUGGAGUUUCUUGGCAAUGUAACUUUACUGGUAUUUCCAGUAACAUGCUGAAAGCACAACUUCUGAUUGUACUCCAUGGUAAAAGUAAAGGCAGUUUGUAUCAAGGGUUGGAAUUAAUCAUUGCCUUCCAUUGCACAAAAGGCGACCUGCCAGUUUCAUGUGCUGGUGACACUCUGCUCAGUCCAGUCUGGGCCAGCUGUUUAGUUCUGGUGUGGUCCCAUGGAGGUUUAUUAGAAGACUCCAGUCGCCUAAUGUUGGUCAGCUCCUAAGUUGCAUUACUUACCAUCAGGGAUCUGAGCAAUCCUGGGUGUGGAAUGCAGUUUGAGGAGUGCAGGGAAGGGGAAACUGGAAGCUCACAGCUGUAUCACUCCACACUUAUCAUGUUAGUCUAUUGAGCUCAAAUGGCAUUUAAUGUUACAGCUGGGCUGUUAAGGUGUGUGAGGAAAGGCUCUAUAAUGCACUAUUAGGUGCCCACUGAAGAUAUCUGGCAGUGAUUUCGGUCACCUUGAACAUGUUUAACCAGCCUGUUGGAUUCAGUGCUUUAGAUAUCUGUACUGUACAUUGUUACAAAAUUGUGAAAAUAAACAUCAAUAUCAAUUA